AGAGAGCACCUUGCUGUAUUUUGAUUGGCUUAAAAUGUGACCUCUCACCAGAAGCGUCGUUUACCAUCACGACCAAAACAAAAUGUUCUGAAAAGUUGAUCUUUACUCCACAAACUUGUGAUCAAAAUGCCGAAGAAAGGACUUCGUUGUACGGUUGAAGUUAACGUCCAUGCUGUUACAGCCCCAGGGGUGUGGCUACAACGGAGAGAUGACGUCUAUAUCAGUGUGUGUCUUCUUGGACAACAUAGGAGAUCUCAAUUAGUUACCCCUGUAUUUCCAUUGCUCAUACAUGAGAAAAUGAGAUUUGAAAAGGUGUAUUACACUGCAUUAGAUCCUGCCUUUGUAUCUGAGCUUUUAGAAGAUGAACAUGUUAUGAUGGAGCUGAUACAAGUGUCAGAGUAUGGAGUGGGCCGUGUGCUAGCCACAUAUGAGGAGAAUGCCAGGGAGUUCCUGUACCCAUACCCCACCUAUGGUCCUGUAUAUGGCACAACUGAUAGAGAACUUCUCAUGGAGAGGACUAUAGACUUUCCUGGCAUCUCACCAAAAGUAGAGUUUUCCACAAAGACAACCAUCAAACAAACCAAGACAUACUAUGAUGCUAAUAAUAGUGACCUGGCCAUGACAAGCACUGAUGAAGAUUUCCAGACAGGCAGGCGAUCUACAUCUCCACGACGAUCAAGAUCCCGCCAAAGGUCUCCCGUGUAUAUACAAGUUGAGAAAGAACAUUACGAACAACCGACAAUGUCGUCAAUUUCUCGUUCCAGAUCUCCAUCACCCUCAAUGCGGCGACAAAUGGCUGAAAUCUCAUUGGAGGAAGAUGACGACAAUAAAGCGCCAUUUGUGGUUAGGAAGUUGGACAAAAGUCUGAUAGGCAGAACGCCAGGGUCGCCACCUCCAGGCGGCAAGAAAAAGAAGAAGAAAAAAGCUACGUCGGGAACCUCAAACUCAACAAUGUCUAGGAGUCGAUCUAUUUCACCUACACGAGGGGUCAAGGUCACCACUAGAGAAUAUUGCCCCCACUGCCUAAACCCUCACACAGAGAAGAAUUGCACAGUGUGCGCCCUCUAUAGGAGAUAUACGGGUAAACGAUACUGGGGCCACUCAUACCAUCACCAUCCAGAUGGGCAUCAUACACACUCAGUUGUAAAGGCGAUGCGUGAGAGCACAAGACAACCAAGACCAAUCCUCUCUAGUACCCAACUAGAUAGAGAUUAUAGUAGCGAUGAUGAUGUCCUAGAACUGAGGGCUCCAGACUAUACUUUAUCACCAAGAUCUCCACGUCACACGCGUGGCUACUCUGCCCCGAUUAUCCGUCCCCCACCCCGCCCCAUUAGUCCUCUCUUGUUCAAAUCCUCACUCAGGAACAGACUUGGGGAUGACCCAUAUAUCUCCCCUAGACUCUCAGUGGAUGCCAGGGUGGAGCGUGCUCUUGCUAGGAGUCGGUCUCAGGAACGCCUUAAUAGAUCUUUAACAUCAUUAUAUACAUCACCUCGUAGCCCCAGACGGAAUCUAGAUUACUAUACCUCUGAUGAUAUUGACUCCAUAGAUGAACUGGCCAUUGACUUGGACAGGAAUAGGAGGUACUAGGGUAGCACUAUGCAUUGCAAGUCUUGUGCACCUAGAUGACAACUCCUACUGGAGUGCAAGGGCUGCAGACUACACGGGCAAGUCCCAUAGACAACUCUUCAAUGACAAUAUGGUGAAAGUUUACUCAGAUAUGUAUAAAAGUGCCAUGGACCAGUCCCCAAGGCGGGCAAGAACUCAAUUUCUCAAUUAAGUCACUGUAGCCAUAACCACACAUUUUGAUGUGGUUAUCUCAAGUUAGAUGUGCUAUCAGCUGCCAAAGAUCUCUGUACAUUGUUCCAGUAUACAAUCACUCUUCUUCAUUUGAAAAACAUAUUCACGGCCACACCAACAAUGUUUAUCAUAAGGUGAAAUCAGGGUUUAGAUCCAGUAUGUAUCUGAGAACACAUUUGCAGUUUAUUUUGUGAGGUCAUAAGUCUUGUAAGUGUAUUAUGAAAUCACAACAUGGCCUGUAUUGUGAUCGCAAGAACAUUAUCUGUAUUUU